CGCGUUCGAUCGCGGGUCCCGCUCCAAAAUUUAGGUAAUCGGGUCUGUAUAUCGAUAAUCCAUAGUCUAAUAAAAAUAGAAGCGUGUCGCGGCUGCCGGCCCAGCCGAGGAGGAAUCGGUGGGAUCCGUUGUUCGACGACGAACCAAUAACUUCGGGAUGCAGAUCGCGCUGUGCGGACGCUGGUUACGCAUCUGUCGAGAUUCCGCAGGCGUUUAGCGACCGCGAGGAAACGCGGGAUACCGGAGGUUCUUACAUAAGCUUUCUUCUGGCGUACGUGCAUCUGGAAGAAAUCGCGAAGAAUCCGGCGGCCAUCGCGUGGCCAGCGAGACGAAGUUCGGGAGACGAAGUUUGAGAGACGAAGAAGCUAGAAAGUCAGAGAGGAAGCCGAAAGGAGAGGAUCCGGAAAAGAGUCGGAUCCGAGAGGCUGUCGAAGGUUGCCGAGGUCAGGAGCAGGGGAUGAAGGACCUGCGUUGAUCGCCGACCUCGUCCGAAACGCGAACGCUUGCCCGUCCUGAUUCCCGAUGCGAUUGGGUCGAGGGAGUUUAGUGCACACUGAACCGACAGGCCGAUCGGACUGCCUGGCUCCGACUAGCUGGCUGACUGCUUGGCCGACUGGUUGCUCGGCUGCCUGACUGCAAGCCGGCUCGGUCUCUUCUCGAUUCUCGUUCAGUCGCUGUCCCGACAUCCUGCUCGCAACACGUCCGCGGCGGGUGCCACCGCGGCCUCAGCCUCUCCACGUUCCCUCUGGUCGUCAUCUCGGCUUCAGCCUCUGCCAUGCCGCGGGGGACAAGGCUGGGCCCAGGUUUUUUCGGCGCCGGCUAGGACCCACGUGGAUCGACAGCCGAAUAGAAGUCGGCCGGAUCGGCGCGACGGCUCGCGGCGAAGCUUAUCGGAGAAGAGAUACGUACGCGCGCACCUUCGCCGGACCGCUUCUAAGUCCGCUAAUUAAAUCGGUGUGUUGGAAGUUGUCGGACAAGCGACGUUCUUGUUGUGCGGGACAGUGAAAGAGAGAGAGAGAGAGCGCGCGGGUCGUGGGUGGACGAGCAAGGUGGCAGGCUGUGACCGAGCGGACCCCGAAAUUUCUGCGAGCCGGCAUCAGCUUCUUGCGCAAAUUAACAUGGAAUCCCGAUUGCUCGGACGUUCGAGAACUCGCGGACAGUUCGCGGAGCAGCUCGGCAGAGUGCGGUCGCUGAGAUCACCGAAAGGAUUCGAUGUUUGAUCAGAGCAGCGCUCGGUGCUUCCAGUGGGAGCAAUGGACGAAUCCCCGGCGAUCUUACUAAUUAGCGCAUUGAAAUCAUUAAAGACGACGGCGGCGAGCGUUAGAAUGACGACGAUGAACCCUGCCGGUGGUCCGUGGACCCCGGAAGAGUGCCAAUGGAGGAGGUGACGUAUCACCCAGUGAUGCGUAAACGACGUGGAUUGGCCAGCGCCGUUCUGGGCCUGAUAGUGGGCCUUCUCCUAGGUUUCCUGAUCCAAAGUUUCCGGAUCCUGUCUACGAGCCAUCAGCAACGGUUCAAUGUUUACGCGUCCUCGAUGGCCGGGCCGCGGGCUGCGAGGCCGUCAUCGACGAGAAACAUCAAGCUGAUGGACGACGAGCAGAUAAACAGUUCGUCGACGAGCCUGGUCUUCGUGGGCGUGAUGACGGCCGGCAAGUACCUCGACACGAGGGCCAAGGCCGUCUACGAGACCUGGGGUAAGGAUCUUCCAGGUAAAAUUGCCUUCUUCUCGUCGGAGACGUCCACCGUUCCCGAGAACUGUCCGGAUCUGCCUCUGGUCGCGUUGCCGCGGGUCGACGACACCUAUCCGCCCCAGAAGAAGUCGUUCAUGAUGCUGCAGUACAUGUGGAACAACUUCGGCGAUCGUUUCGAGUGGUUCCUCAGGGCGGACGACGACGUUUACGUGAGGACCGACCGUCUCGAGAAGCUGCUGCGAUCCGUCAACUCGAAGAGAGCCAUGUACAUCGGCCAGGCUGGCAGAGGGAACUCCGAGGAAUUCGGGCUGCUGUCCUUGGAGUACGACGAGAACUUCUGCAUGGGCGGACCGGGCGUCAUUCUGUCCAGGGAGACCUUGAGGAGGAUCGUGCCGCACAUAAAGUAUUGCCUGAGACAUCUGUACACGACGCACGAGGACGUUGAGCUGGGGAGGUGUGUGCAGAAGUACGCCGGCAUACCUUGCACCUGGAGCUACGAGAUGCAGUCGAUCCUGUACCACAACAGCAGCGGUGCACAGGCGUUCACCGGAAACCUGAAGAAAAAGGAAGUCCAUCGUGCUAUUACCCUGCAUCCCGUCAAAAGCCCGCCGCAUAUGUACAGGCUGCACAAUUACAUGAGGGCGCUCAGAAUACAGGACCUGCAGCAGGAAAGGCUGAAUCUGCACCGGGACGUCUACGCGAUGGCCAAACAGCUGGGCACCGCCGUCGAGGAUUUGAGCGGCUUCGAAAUAGCUGACGGUGUGCCGCUGUUUCCGGUUGAUCCUCACUCCGCGGAGUAUCCCGGCGACACGGAAAUAUUGGGUGUUCCGGCGGGACUGCAAUCGUUCAGGCCGGCGGCCAGUCGCGACGUAAUUCCCUGGGAUUUUCUCUCGCGGUCGGAGUACAGUUUAGCGGACUCGAAUCCCCGGCGGAGGAUCCACAGCGACAUAAAGGAAGGUCUGGAGGACAUCACGCGGGAAGUAAUGGCCUCCAUAAACGCGUGCUCGCGGCAGCGCGGCCGCGUCGUCGAGGAAAGGUCAGCCCUAUACGGGUACAGACGGGUGGAUUCUUACGGCGCCGACACGAUACUGGAUCUCCUGCUGGUCUACCGGAAGUACAGAGGCAGAAAGGUCACGCUGCCGGUUAGGCGACACGUCUACCUCCACCAGCACUUCACCGGACUGGAAAUACGGGAAACCGUGGACGGCGAGGAGGUGGACGAGGUGAACAAACGCCGGGAGAACGAGAAGUCGCUGCAGAACAUAUUCCGCGGCGGUUUUCUGAACCUGAAUUUCAACUCCGAGGAGGAGGAUCCGGUCAGGAGCAAGACCAUCCACUUCGUGCUGCCCCUGGCCGGCAGGCACGAGGUCUUCCAAAGGUUCCUACAGAACUACGAAGAGAUCUGCCUGACCAGCGACCAGAGGACGGCCCUGCUGGUCGUCCUCUAUCACCACAGGACCGAGAACUCCUUCAAUCAAACGAUAGAUCUGAUCGAGCAACUCAAGUACAAGUACAGAAGCGCCAGCAUCGAUAUUCUGCCCGCUUCGGGCCCGUUCUCCAGGGCGAGAGCACUGGAUCUAGCCGCUUCCAGGCUGCAGAACGACGAUCUGAUGUUCUUCGUCGACGUGGACAUCGUGUUCACCGAGGCCGCGCUUUACAGGAUAAAGGCGAACACUCUUCUAGGUAGACAGAUCUAUUUCCCGGUGGUGUUCAGCCAGUACGAUCCGAAGAUCGUGGGCAAAGGAGGGCGGGACCCGUUCGCCAUCGACGAGACUUCCGGCUACUGGAGGCAGUUCGGCUUCGGCAUCGUCUCGCUGUACAAGCAGGACUAUCGAGCGGUGGGCGGCUUCGACCUCUCCAUACAAGGCUGGGGAAAAGAGGACGUGGACUUCUUCGAGAAAGCCGUGAAGUCCAGCAUCAAGAUCUUCAGGGCCGCGGACAGGGGCCUGGUGCACGUGUACCACGACGUGGAGUGCAGCAAGGACCUCUCCGAGGUGCAGCUGUCCAUGUGCAUGGGCACCAAGGCCGACACUUACGCGGGAAUGGAGACGCUGGCGAGGAUGAUCUAUCAGAAUCCGGACAUCCUGCGAUUCGCCAAAGCGAAGAGAGCGAACCUGACCAAUGCUGCCGUUUGAGAACGGCCGACAACGGCUGACGUUACCUCCGACGAUAACGCAGACACCGUGGUUCCGCAGUGCAAUGAACGUUUCCGCGGGAUCCGGCAGCAUUUGUACAUACACUGUGCGAUUAUGGUACUCUCGCGUACCCGAUAUUUAAGAGUGACAUGAAUUCACCAAAGCCAUUGCCGUAUAAGUUCGAUAAUUCGAGUCGACAUCGAAGCUUGCUGCGCCGGUAAAACAGACCGCGGACACCGACGGGCUAAUUUAACGAUUACGAUUAAAUUUGUAAGCUGUUAGAUCGGUACGCGAACGAUCAACGUACGGGAUCCGAUCGACGUCCUGUGCGCCAAGAUUACGGCAUUGUUGGCGCUAGAAACAUCGACGCGCCGCUCUAAGAUCGUUUCUAGCGGCGGACGUGCCUCUCUUUCCUAGCGAUGGAAUGCGAAUUAUAGAUUUGUUUUCAGAAUCGUGUAGUUACGCGUGUUCGUUAGCUGGGGCUCCGCGCGGAACGGUAAAAAAAAAUUAGUGCCGGCCGAGGGCGUAGAACCGCGUGCGAGACGAUUCGAGAUGCCAAUACUCCUGAGAACGUUCCGCUGUAUCAGUUGUGUAAGUACAUGUGAUAUUAUCGUGCCUUGUGUAUAGACUUUUUAUUUGUGAAUUUUCUGUACUGCCUAUUUUAUCGUACCUAUUUGUACCUACGCGCGACCAGUUGUGAAAAUACGGCGCGCGAGAACCCCAUCCACACUUGCAUAAGCGUUUAUGCAAUUCUCGCUCGCCGAGAUGCUUCGACAUUUCAUCGAAUUCCAAAUAAAAUUUCUCUAUUGAAUAA